UGGAGCUCGGCCGCAUGACCGGAAGGCGGAAGUCCGCGCCUGGAAGGGUUGGGAAAGAUGUCAACUCUGGGGAGCCUCGUCCAGACGGACACGGGAGGGGGGUGCCUCACAGGAGCCAUGGAGAAAAUCAAGCUAGCCGUGGAUCGGGCCAGGGCAGCUUUCAACACAAGGAAGACGCGGCCCUUGGAAUUCAGAAUCCAGCAGCUGUUGGCCCUCAAGAAGAUGAUCAAGGAGAAGGAGAAGGAAAUCGCGGCAGCCCUCAUGGCCGACCUCCACAAGAACGAACUCAACACUUUUAGCUACGAGAUUAUGGGCGCUCUGGGGGAGAUUUCUCUGAUGGUGGACAAACUCCCUGAAUGGGCUGCCCCUCAGUACGUGGACAAGACGAUUAUGACGAUGACUGAUGAGACCUACAUCCAUCAUGAGCCGCUGGGCGUGGUCCUGGUCAUUGGGGCAUGGAAUUACCCUUUCAUCCUCAUCAUGCAGCCGCUCAUUGGGGCCAUCGCCGCAGGGAACGCUGUUGUGCUUAAGCCGUCCGAGGUCAGCGAACACACGGCCAAGCUCUUCGAAGAAAUCCUCCCUCAGUACCUGGACAAGGAGCUGUUCCCGGUUAUCAACGGAGGGGUUCCGGAGACCACAGAGCUUCUGAAGCAGCGGUUCGACCACAUCCUCUACACAGGCAACAGCACAGUGGGGAAAAUCGUCAUGGAGGCUGCCUCCAAGCACCUGACGCCUGUCACCCUCGAGCUGGGAGGGAAGAGCCCUUGUUACAUCGACAAAAACUGCGAUAUCGACAUGGCGUGCAGGCGGAUCACGUGGGGGAAAUACAUGAAUUGCGGACAGACCUGCAUCGCCCCCGACUACAUUCUGUGCGACCCGUCCAUCGAAAACCAAAUAGUCGAGACUAUUAAGAAGACGCUGAAGGACUUUUACGGCGAGGACGUGAAGAAAUCCCCGGACUACGAGAGGAUUGUGAACAAACGGCAUUUCAAGAGACUCGCGGGCCUCCUGGAAGGGCAGAAGAUUGCUUACGGCGGGGAAAUGGAUGAAUCAACGUGCUUUAUAGCACCAACGAUUCUCACGGACGUCAACCGGGAAUCCAAGGUCAUGCAGGAGGAGAUCUUCGGCCCCAUCCUGCCCAUCGUCACCGUGAAGGGCCUGGACGACGCCAUCCAGUUCAUCAACGAGCGGGAGAAGCCCCUGGCCCUUUACGUCUUCGCCGACAACAAGAAGAUAAUCAAAAGGAUGAUUGCAGAGACUUCCAGCGGUGGAGUGACGGCCAACGAUGUUUUGAUGCAUUUCACUCUCCCAGGCUUCCCGUUUGGAGGCGUUGGUAACAGCGGGAUGGGGGCCUACCACGGCCGGUACAGCUUUGAGACCUUCUCCCACCAACGCUCCUGCCUUGUCCGGGCCCUCAAGAUGGAAGCUGUCAACAGCCUCCGCUACCCGCCCAACAGCCGCAAGAAGGUAGACUGGGCCAAGUUCUUUGUCCUGCAGAAGUUUAACAAACGCAAGAUUGGGCUGGCCAUCCUUGCAAUCCUGGGCAUCCUGGUGGCCGUCGUGAUCAAGAACGGCCGGGUUGGGCUAGGGAUUAAGACCUUGCUGGCUGCAGUGGCCACACAGAGAAUGUGGAGCCUCAGUGGGAAAUGAUGAGACCCAUAUUCGGCGCCAUUCAGGGGAGGUCGCGUUUUUCUGAGUCCAGGGUUCGCUUGACACCAUUGACGGAACAAGUCGUGUUAUACAAGCUGUUCUCACCGGGUUAAGGGGGCUGGUUGCUAAAGCACACUUCUGUAAGGAAUUUUGCCAUUUCUCUUUAAUCAUUAAACACACUAAAAAGUCA